CAGCGAAAUUACUUCAAGGAGAAAUUCAAUUCGGGGCUUUUAUUGUAAGAUAUCUCCUAGAGUACAUAUUGAUUUAACACACAGAUAAGUGACCGCAGCACGGCACACAUAGUGCAGUAAAAAAAAAAAAAAAAUCGUUAUCCUGCCUCGAUAGUGUCCAUACCGUGCGAUCCUUUGAAGCAAUACCACCGCGUCUGGUUAUAACGAAAACAGCGUCCACGCAUAUUGCGUCGCAUGUCACGGGUUGCUGCUUAAAUUUAGAUCUCCAUGUCACAGGAUUGCCGGGUCGUUGCAUCGAUUCAAAAGAUUCAAAUUUGGUAGAAAAGUUACAGAACAAAGAAAAACGUCCACCAAAACAACUUUGCGUGUGUAAAACAGUGGCGUGUGUCAUGCAUGGGGAAACAGACGACGGCGAAGCCUAAACAUUAUAACACGUUCUUAUGUGAUUAACCGCCCUCUCAGUGUCUUGGCAUGUCACUUUAGCAGUGUACUGCAAUAUUUACAGAGAAUAUUCAUAGUUCACUGUGACCUGUACCUGUGUUAUAAUUGAAGAAUAACAUCGAUAUCAAAGCAAAACAAAGAAUAACUUGAUCGUACACAACUCGUGAUCGGUAAUAGCUGAAAUAUUGGCCCUCUACGAGUGACGUUGCGACCCUAUAUAACCGAUAAUUUUCUGUCGGCUGACAUUAUUAACUAAGAGGAAAGAGCGAUCUCGCUUUCAACACUCAAAGGAGCUAAAAUGGGUUUCGACAUUGAAAGAUUUACCGGAAAAGUCAACGAAGGGCUUUUAUGUUCGAUCUGCCGCGACGUUCUGGAAGAACCUUUACAAGCACCUUGCGAGCACGCGUUUUGUUCGACUUGUAUACACGCGUGGCUUACACAUUAUAACACUUGCCCAGAAGACCGUUUACCGUUAUGGCCGAGCGACUUGAAGCCGAUUUUCAGGUACAUGAAAAAUGAUUUGGAUGCAUUGAAAAUACGAUGCGACAACGAAGUACGAGGUUGUAAGGCAUUGGUGCGUUUAGACGCGCUGAAAACGCAUUCAAAGGAGGAAUGUGGUUUUGUUUUGGUGAAGUGUCCAAACGAAGGUUGUAACGAGGAACUCGCUAGACGCGAUCUGGAGGCGCACUGUAUGGCGUGCAGGUUCCAGACGGCCGAAUGCAGUAAAGGUUGUGGCCUUAAAGUGAGCAAAAGUGAAGAAUCCGGGCACAACUGUAUAGCAGAAUUGCGCAAAGCCCUAACUAAACAACAACAGGAAAGCGACGCCAAGAUUCGUGAGCUUAAAAAAGAAAUGGAGUCGCGACUUGAUUCACAUCGCGUUCACAUGGUGUACAAGGAAGCCACGCUUCAAAAUCAAAUCGAGGAUUUGAAAUCUCAGGUGACGGAACUGAUGCGCGAGACUAAAUCACUGAAAGCGCAGAAGAGAGAAGAACUUCAGAGUGAAGAUCCCGAAAGGAAAGAAAUCUUGGAAUGGUUGAGAAGCUUGAAAUAUCAAGAUGAAAUUGCCGAGAGAUAUUGCAGCAGUUGUAACAAGCGGUAUCUGUAUGUGAGAAAGGAUACAAUACACUGCUUAAAUGAUCAGGUUAACCUGAGCUGCUCGUCCCCAACUGAGGAAGACGCUAUUCUGAGCCACAUCCGAAGCUCCCGCGGGACAAAGCCUCGAAGCUGGUGCCCGAGUCCCGUGGGUACGGGUCAAGCCGCGGCUCUACCUCGCUUUCAAAGCGAGGAGUCCUCGUUGAACAGAGCCGUACUGGAAUCAUGGCGUCGAACGCCUGAUGUUUCCGCCACACCAUGUACAAACUAAAACGCAUCUAUGCGCUUAGAACUCAUCUUUAUUAAUUAUUAAAGGACUAAAUGGAUUGCUGCUUUAAGUUAAAGUUUGCAUUGGAGAUAAAGAGGACAUUCGCUUUUCAGCAACAGUUGCUAUAAACUAAAACUCGUAAAAAAAGAAGGUAAACCGGUAAUUCACAUGCUUGAAUUUUUACUCCAAAACACUUUAAAUAUUAGAUCCUGCAGCGUGUCCUUAAUGCUUUUGUCCCGAGUAUUUAUACCGGCGUAAGCGUCUCUUGUGAAAAAAAAGGAACUACAGAUGUACUCUUUCGAGUAGUUCAAAAGUUCCACAUUUCACGCAAAAAGGGGAGAAAAAUUAUCCUUACUGUAAAGCAUGGCACAGCCUAUUGAAACGACUUCACUUAAAUUCCCCAGCUAAGAUAAACACGGACACUCGUAUCAAGUUUCAAGUUUAAUGUAAAAUUGUAGCGAAUUUCAUUGGUACAAACAAAUCGAACGGUUUCCUAGGUCUAUUUAAUUUAACGUUACAUGCUUUUGUAACGCCACAAUUUCUACAAUAAAUUUAACUUUAACUUCAACUUUAAUAUCCGCAGAAUAAAAGUUGAAUUUUAA